GUGGAUGGCCAGGCGCGCGAAGUUUCGCGCUGUUGCUGCCUGGCCUCGGUCUUCCACUCACUCCUCCGCUGGGGUUUGGCGGCUCGGUCACGGGGGACGACGUUUGGGCAGGGCCCUCGGCGCCUGCCAUGGAUGAAGGUGGUUCCCGCAUCCGCCGGCGGGUGUCUGUCCGCAAAAGGAACCGUCCUAUCCUAGGGAGCUUUCUUGACGCCCCCACCGCGGCCGAACUCAAGCCGGGCGAGGAGGAGGAGGACGAGGAGGAGAUGGUGGCUGGGAGCCGGCGGCGGAAAACCGUGGGCGUGCAACCGGUCGAGAAUAUUGACAGUGAGGAGGACAUGUUCGGUGAAUAUGAUAGCUUUGCUGAAAACUCUUUUUUAGCUCAAGUUGAUGACUUGGAACAAAAAUAUAUGCAACUUCCUCAACAUAGGAAACAUGCAACAGACCUUGCUCCUGAAGAUCUUUGUUCAGAAAGCAUCAAACAUCACAAACUCAGCACUACUACUGUAGGCAACUUUACUGAAUUAAAAACGGAUGGGUACACAAAGUACCAGAGCGGGCAUGAGGAUAUCUCUAUUGAACCUGGAGCUGAUCUUUUGUAUGAUGUACCUUCUUCACAGGUUUUAUACUUUGAAAAUUUGCAGAAUUCUUCAAAUGAUUUGGGCAAUCAGUCUACCAAAGAGAGGAAUUGGAACUCAUCCUCUCACAAGACUGUGAAGGAGGAAUUGCCCUGUAAUAGCAUGGAGCAACCCCAGCAAAUUAUAGAUGAAUCCUCUUCUACAGUCAGAACUAGUUCAGAUAUGAAUAGGAGAAAAAGUCUUAAAGAUCAUCUAAAAAGUACCAUGACUGGAAAUGCCAAGGCCCAAACACCAGUAUUUUCUAGAACUAAGCAGCUCAAAGAGACGCUCCUAUCUGAAGAAAUUAAUGUUGCUAAGAAAACAAUUGAGUCCUCAUCAGAUGACCUUGGUCCUUUUUAUUCAUUACCCAGCAAAGUGAGAGACCUUUAUGUUCAAUUCAAGGGAAUUGAAAAAUUAUAUGAAUGGCAACAUACUUGCCUAACGUUGAAGUCUGUACAAGAAAGAAAAAAUUUAAUAUAUUCCUUGCCAACGAGUGGUGGAAAAACCCUCGUGGCUGAGAUUUUAAUGCUGCAAGAACUGCUUUGCCGGCGGAGAGAUGUUUUAAUGAUCCUACCAUAUGUAGCAAUUGUCCAAGAAAAGAUUUCUGGUUUGUCAAGCUUUGGUAUAGAACUGGGUUUCUUUGUUGAAGAAUAUGCUGGAAGCAAAGGAAAAUUUCCCCCAAUUAAAAGAAGGGAAAAGAAAUCACUCUACAUUGCCACUAUUGAAAAAGGACAUAGUCUGGUGAACUCCUUGAUUGAAACUGGACGGAUUAGCAGUCUGGGUCUGGUUGUUGUAGAUGAGUUGCACAUGAUUGGUGAAGGAAGCCGUGGGGCCAUCCUGGAAAUGACCCUAGCAAAAAUCCUCUACACUAGCAAAACAACUCAAAUUAUUGGUAUGAGUGCAACGUUGAACAAUGUUGAAGACUUGCAAGAGUUCCUUCAAGCAGAAUAUUACACCAGUCAGUUUAGACCAGUUGAAUUAAAAGAAUAUCUGAAAAUAAACGAUAAAAUAUAUGAGGUUGACAGCAAAGCUGAGAAUGGCAUGACUUUUUCACGUGUCCUUAAUUAUAAGUAUUCUGAUACCCUGAAAAAGAUGGAUCCUGAUCACUUGGUAGCACUGGUGACGGAAGUUAUUCCCGAUUAUUCCUGCUUAGUUUUUUGUCCCACUAAGAAGAACUGUGAAAACGUGGCACAAAUGAUAUGCAAAAUUUUAAGCAAGGACCAUCUGAAACACAGGGAGGAAGAAAAGCAGGGGGUGAUUAAGAACUUGAAGAAUAUCAGCAGUGGCAACCUGUGUCCCGUGUUAAAGCGCACCAUCCCGUUUGGAGUCGCCUAUCAUCACAGUGGUUUAACGAGCGAUGAAAGGAAGCUCUUGGAGGAGGCCUACUCCACAGGGGUGCUCUGCCUUUUUACCUGCACAUCCACCCUGGCGGCUGGUGUUAACCUACCAGCUCGAAGAGUUAUUUUAAGAGCCCCCUAUGUUGCUAAGGAAUUUUUAAAAAGGAAUCAAUAUAAACAGAUGAUUGGCAGAGCCGGCCGUGCUGGACUAGAUUCCGUUGGGGAGAGUAUCCUUAUAUUGCAAGAAAAAGACAAGCAAAAGGUACUGGAGUUAAUAAGCAAACCGCUGGAAAACUGUUAUAGCCAUCUUGUUCAAGAAUUCACCAAGGGAAUCCAAACUUUGUUUCUCUCUUUGAUUGGUUUGAAGAUUGCAACAAAUCUUGGUGACAUAUAUCACUUUAUGAGUGGUACGUUUUUUGGUGUUCAGCAAAAGAUUUUGUUGAAAGAAAAAAGUCUCCAGGAAAUAACUGUUGAAUCACUUAGAUACCUGACAGAAAAAGGACUUCUACAAAAAGACACUAUUUCUAAGUCUGAAGAAGAGUUCCAACAUAGUUUUCAUAUUACAAAGUUGGGACGAGCUUCUUUUAAAGGAACUAUAGAUUUAGCUUAUUGUGACGUUCUCUACAGAGACUUGAAGACAGGUCUUGAAGGACUUGUCCUUGAAAGCCUUCUCCAUCUGAUUUACCUCACAACUCCCUAUGACCUGGCUUCUCAGUGUGACCCUGAUUGGAUGAUAUACUUCAGGCAGUUUAGCCAGCUCAGUCCAGCAGAAGAAAAAGUAGCUGCUCUUGCUGGAGUCUCUGAAAACUUUAUUUGGAAGAAAGCAUCAGGUCAAGCUAUCAAGAAGAAGGUGGACAAGGGCAUUGUCAACAGACUAUACCUGUCUUUUGUCCUUUAUUCCUUGCUCAAAGAGACCAACAUUUGGAGUGUGUCUGAAAAAUUUAAUAUGCCUCGAGGAUAUGUACAAAAUCUUCUCACUGGAGCUGCCUCAUUCUCAUCUUGUGUGUUACAUUUCUGUGAGGAACUUGAGGAGUUUUGGGUUUAUAGAGCCCUUUUGGUAGAACUUACCAAGAAGCUGACCUACUGUGUGAAGGCAGAGCUGAUCCCUCUCAUGGAAGUGACUGGAGUUUUAGAGGGUCGAGCAAAACAAUUAUACAAUGCAGGUUAUAAAAGUCUAAUACAUUUAGCUAAUGCAAAUCCUGAAGUGCUAAUAAGGACAAUUGAUCAUUUAUCAAGACGCCAGGCGAAGCAAAUUGUUUCAUCAGCAAAGAUGCUGUUGCAUGAAAAAGCAGAGGCUUUGCAAGAAGAAGCUGAAGCGUUACUGAGAUUGCCUCCUGAUGUCCCUGGUAUUGUGGCCUCUUCCGUUGAAAAGGCAUGAAGCUAUCCGAUGAGCAUUUUCAAAUAUGAAUUAUUUAUUGUACAUAUGUUUUAUUAAAGAUUUCCUAUAAUUUAUAAAUGAAAAAAUAUAUUUUAA